AUGGUUCAAGAUCUCGACUUCGGUACGCGCGGAUGGGGAGAGACGCUGCCUGUUCAAGAGCGCCAUGAAGUUUACCAAGCAAUCGACCCCACCGACGCUUAUUCCUCUCAGGCUUUCAAAGGCAAAGCUGUCUUCAUCACGGGCGGCUCGCGUGGCAUUGGCCGUGCCACCGCACUGACCUUCGCGAAGGCUGGUGCAUCCGUGGCCAUCUUCGCUCGCUCAUCUACCGGUCUGGAUGAGAUUAAGGCUCUCAUACUCAAGGAGAUGCCGCAGACUAAGGUAGAGAAGUUCGUCGCCGACGUCACGAGAGCCACAGAGGUCGAGAGCGCUGUUGAUGCGGCGGCCAAGGCAUUCGGGAGGCUAGAUAAUGUCGUGGCUAAUGCGGGGUACACCAACCGCAUUGACACGCUACUGGAAGAGCGCACGUCUGCAGAAUGGUGGCGCACCUUCGAGGUCAACGUCCUGGGGGUGUACAAUACCGUAAGACCGGCGUUGAAGCACUUGAAGAAGGCCGAUGGGUACUUUCUGGCGACCACAUCAGUCGGCGCACAGCUCCGCACUCCGUACGCGAGCGACUAUCAGACGUCGAAGCAUGCGCUCAACCGACUCGUCGAGUUCAUCGCAUUCGAGAAUGCCCCUGUCAAAGUCUUCUCCUUACACCCGGGCGCCGUAGCCACCAAGAUCGCUAAGACGACCGGCCUAGAGGAGAGAGGGUUCAAGUUCAUCGACCCGCCUGAGUUGGCCGCGUCGACGAUGCUGUACCUCUGCUCCGGCAAGGUUGACUGGCUCAGCGGUCGUUAUGUCAGUGUGAACUGGGAUCUGGGCCAGGUUGAGUCUGAGUGGAAGGAAAGGAUCUUGGAGAAGGACUUACUCGUGAACAAGCUUGACGUAGUGGGCUCAGCGUAG